CCUUCUUGUUCACAGAGGCUUAACGGUCGGUGAGUCGUGGCCCAGUCAAAACAAUACAGCUUAGCUCAACAGCAGCUUCAGCUGUAAACAACACAGCAGACGUUAAAAUACCGGCUUCACGGUGCUCCGGAGCCUCCUUACUUGUGUAUUUUACCGGUGAGAUUCGUGCGUUUUACUGCCCGCCGAGUCUGUUCGGGAUUUAACCGUGUUCGUUUUGGUCGGAAAUGGAGACUGCUAACGGGCUGCUCAGUACCCUGGCAUCAGCGGAGGGGAGCGGCUGAAGGGGUCGCAGCAGAUUUACAGACGUUAAACCCCCCGACUAAGGAACCUCGGAGCAGUGUGCUGGUUAGCAUGGUGGAGUAGAGGUGCAGCGUUUAAUUUACCGCCGUCCAACGAGCUCUCCGGGGAGGAUCGCCAUGGCCCCGGGCUCGCUGGUGGCGGCCUGCCGCAGCCUGGCUCUCUCUACGUGGCUGCUGUCCUUCUGCUUCGUCCACCUGCUGUGCCUGGACUUCACCGUGGCCGAGCGGGAGGAGUGGUACACCGCCUUCGUUAACAUCACCUACGUGGACCCGGCCACCUCCGAGCUGCGCACGGAGAAAACCGAGUGCGGACGGUACGGGGAGCACUCCCCAAAGCGGGACGCCAAGGGGGUGGUGGUCCUGCCCACAGCCCCGCUGGACCGCCAGGCCUGCGACCCUCACGGCCGCUUCGCGGUGCCCCAGCAGGCCGGGGCCUGGGUGGCGCUGAUCGCCCUGGGGAACUGCACCUUCAAGGACAAGAUCCGCCACGCUGCAGCGCACAACGCCUCGGCGGUGGUUAUCUUUAACGUGGGCUCUCCUAAUGCCAACGACACCAUCACGAUGCCCCAUCAAGGAACAGGUGAUGUGGUCGCCAUCAUGAUUCCUGAGCCAAAAGGUCUUGAGGUCGUCUCCCUGCUGGAGCGCAACAUCACAGUCACCAUGACGAUCACCAUCGGGACGAGGAACCUGCAGAAGUACGUGAGCAGGACGUCGGUGGUGUUCGUGUCCAUCUCCUUCAUCGUGUUGAUGAUCAUCUCCCUCGCCUGGCUCGUCUUCUACUACAUCCAGAGGUUCCGAUACGCCAACGCGCGGGACCGCAACCAGCGUCGUCUUGGCGACGCGGCGAAGAAGGCCAUCAGCAAACUUCAACUUCGCACCAUCAGGAAGGGCGACCAGGAGACCGAGGUCGACUUCGACAACUGCGCCGUCUGCAUCGAAGGCUACAAGCCCAACGACGUCGUCCGCAUCCUGCCCUGCAGGCAUCUGUUCCAUAAGAGCUGUGUGGACCCGUGGCUGCUGGACCACCGGACCUGUCCCAUGUGUAAGAUGAACAUCCUGAAGGCCCUGGGCGUGGCGCUGAACGCUGACUGCCUGGACGAGCUCCCCCUGGACUACGACCUGGCUCUGGGUGGCGUAGGUGGGGUCGGGAUGGGCGGAGUCGGGGCCCUGGCCCUAGAGGCGGUGGUGUCCGGAGCGUCGAGCGACGGGGCGCUGAGUGAGGGCGGAUCCUUGGUUGUUCUGGAUCCUGGCGUUCGACGGCUGGGACUCCCACAGGACUACCAGGACCCCGACACCCUACGGGACAGCCCAGUGACUGCCACCACCGACACACACAUGGGUGAGCUGCAGCCGAUGCCCAGCAGCUCCUCUGUGGCGUCGCUGGUCAUCGCCGUGGAAACGGGUCUGUUGGACGAGGAGGGGUCCAUGGAGCAGCCUCGGAUGGGGAUGAAGUCCUGAGAGCAGCCCAACAGAACCAAACCAGAACCAGGCCAAAGCUCAGACUGGGACCAGAGAGAGACUGGACCGGGGCCCGGUUCUGUCAGAACCAGAACCGGGUCCAGAGUUUAGGACUCAGAGGACUGGUCUGGUUCCUGUUCCUAGAAUCCGUUCAGAGCCAACUCUGGACUUUUCUGGUGCAAUUGUUCUGGUCUUACUCUCCAGGUCUAGACUUGGACUCACCCGAGCCUGCCGUGGUUGUCUCGGUUCUGUUCUGACUUUGACCCCCCCACCCCCCCACCCCCCCCUGGCUCGCUGGGUGACAGAACCAGACCUUCAUUACAAAAGGUCCUUGUGGUUGGACUCUGGAGGUUCUGCACCCUGAACCAUCCGGACUCUUUCUCCUUGUUCUGGUUUGUGUCGGGUUCUUUUCUCUGAUGACUCUUAUUUUGGUAAACAAAAUACUUUUAUUUUGAAAGGAGCGGUGGUUCCUCUGCCGGUGUGGGGGGGGGAGCUGCCUGAGUGGAGGAGGAAGCCCUACAGUAUUAGGAAAUGCUGACGCAGCAAAAGUCCAUCCCGGUUUCCUCCUGUGAAGCUCAGUUGGAACCCAGCAUGGAUCUGGUUGUCCGGCGUCUUCAGGAGAACAUCAGGACUUCCUGCUGCAGAACUCAGUGUCUCUGUCAUGUCUGGUCCGUUCUCUCGCUCCGACGCCUGGGAGGAACUCUGGGAAGGUGCUUUUGGACCACAGGAAGGUUCUCCUGAUCACACACACACACACACACACACACACACACACACACACACACACACACACACACACACACACACACACACACACACACACACACACACACACACACACACACACAUCCAUAAAUAACCAGAUCUAAAAACACCUGGAUGAGCUGAUCAGCUGAUUCAGGUUCUGUGAACGAAGGUUUUCUUCUUGAUGUUGGACCUCCAGGACUCCUGCAGCACGGAUGCCUGGAUCUGGUCCAGAACCCUGGAAGGACUUUACAGAAAUGUGUAGUAUUUAUUCUGAUGUGAGAGCUUCACCAGUGUGAGCUAGUUUACAGAUCGCCCCCGUUCCACUACUGAAGGUGUGGAUCACUGUGAGACUGACCAGGGAUCAGGUCAGAGCUGCGUUGUUUGUUCCUAGACCGGGAUGCCAGAGGCCGCCAGGCGGGAGCGGUUAGCGAGUUAGCUCACUCACACGUGUUAAUGAAGCUCCGAGGAUCAGAGACCAGCGUGUUCCUCUGGGAACUCGUCUGAACCUUCAUGUUGGUCUGAAAGCACCUGCAGUGCUACCCUGCUGUAGUCUCCUGGUCCAACCCCCGCACUCCGCUAGCGCCCCUAAACACGUUUAACUCCGACAAUCCGUGGUGAGUUCUGUUUUUGCGUUGUGUGUUUGACAUCACAAGUCGUGGAUCCGUUCCUAGCCUGCAACCCGGGUCGGCUAGAGGUGUCCUGAGAGAAGAAGACUGUCGUCUAUUUUGAUACCAGAGGAGAAGUUUAUUUUUGUAAUCCAGACUCCGACCCCCUGACCUGGAACUUUCAGAGUUCUGUUGAACGUCCGUUUGGAUGUGAGAGAAGCCAGCUCCAGUAAAUAAACCGGGUCGAUCCCAGCUCCAGUGUUUGUUCCUAGUCCCACCAGUGAUCCUGUUUCCUGUCAGAGCCGAGUUCCUGUUGUAAAGUCGUUUUCCUCCAGGUUUAAUGUCCACUAGUUAAUUUAUACUCUGGUGUUACACAGAGGCUGGUUUGUUCAUUUACAGUGAUGUUUUCAUUAAAGUCACCUGCUUUGUGUUGUGAGCUUUA